GGAGCGAACUGGUGCGAUGGUUCUGCUGCCCAAACUAUCUUUAUAAUUUCCCUUCUAUUUCGUCUGUCUAUGCUCUUCCGCAUAAGGCUGGUCUAGGGUUUGCUUACCCUCCCGUGUUUUGCUUUGGCUUCGCGUGAAGUAGAGUUCGACACUAAAGAAGCUUUGUCGCCUCCUUCGACGACGUUGUUCUUGUCGGAUCGGAAGUCACGGCGGGAGCUUGCCGCGAAGAACUGCAAGGAUUUUUUUUGACAAUACCCUCAGCUAUAUAUUUCUAUUUUUGAUGCAUAUUUGCAUGUCAAUAUAGUGUUUUUGGUAAAGAAGUUUGUUCCAUUUGCAUUAGAUGGAUGAAGAGAGAAAAUGUCGUAGGAAAAGAUCCUAUUUUCAUGAUAGCUUUAUAGAAAAUGAGGUAAGCAAGAGGAGAAGCCUCAAUGAUCAAAGAGAGCUACAUGAUCUCCCAACUGAACAUACUGUAUACCGCUAUUUAUGUCCUAAAGGAAAAGCAGGACGUGUAAUUGGCCAAGGUGGUGAGAUUAUGAAGCAUAUAAGAGCUGAUACUGGAGCCAGGGUACUGAUUGAAGGUGCUAUGCAAGGUUGUGAUGAGCGUAUUGUUACUAUCUCUAGUUCAUUCAAAGAAACCAAUCCCUUCAAUUAUAAAAAAGAUUAUGUUUGUCCUGCACAAGAUGCCCUCUUCAGGGUGCAUGAGAGGCUUGCGCUAGAUGGACCAUUGAUUUGUAAUGAAGAUGACCACUUCAGUGCUUUUCAAGUUACUGCUCGCUUGCUGAUACCAUCAGAUCAGUCACGCUGCGUUAUUGGGAGGCAUGGUCAUACUAUAAAGAAUAUGAGGAAGGACACUGGAGCUCGAAUUUGCAUUUGGAAUGAUGAACGUAUUCCAAUUUGUGCUGAUAGUACUGAAGAACUUCUUGAGAUUAGUGGAGAUGCUUUGAUAGUGAGAGAAGCUUUGUUUCAAAUUUCAUGUCUCCUUCAUGAACAUCCAUCAAGGUCCCAUGACCAGAUUACUUCCAAAGCAUCCUACAAACCAUUUAGUUGCAAUUUGGUCUGGAAUCCAGCAACAAGGCCUUACACUCCAACGGAGGAUAGUUAUGAGUUUAUCUUGAGGUUGGUGUGCCCUUCUGUUAAUAUUAGAGAAGUGAUUGGCAAGGGUGGUGCUAAUAUCAAUCAGAUCAGGCAGGAAUCCGGGGCAACAAUAAAUUUAGAUUGUUCUUUUGAUGAAGAAGACUGCAUGGUAUUAAUUUCAGCAAAAGAGUUCAUGGGAAUCUCAAACUCGCCAACCAUCAAUGCUGCGACACACUUGCAACCUAGUUGCAGUAGGAAGUUGGAAAGCGGAUGUGAGGGACCUUCAUAUGUGACACGUCUUCUGGUGCUAAGAUCACAGGUUGGUGGUUUGAUUGGGAAGGGGGGUUUUGUCAUCAAGGAGAUGAGGAGAACUACACAAGCAAGCAUCUCCAUAGUUGAAAACUCGCUUCCAAGUGUUGCAUCUGUGGAUGAUGCAUUGGUACAGAUUUGUGGAGAUCUUCCAAAUGCCAGAGAUGCCCUUAUACAAGUGAUAGAACGGUUGAAAAUCACUCAUUUUGCAAGGAAGGGCUUACUUUUGACACCCCCUUCUACUUCAUCUCAUUUUUUGUCAAGAAAUUCUACUCAUGGAUCAAUAUGUUCUGGCAGAAGCUUUGAACCAUUCAAUCAUGGACAUUCCCACUCUAUUGAGUACACUGCUUCUGUUGGUAGGGUGCCAUUAGAAAUCCAUGCUGUCUCUGGUGGUCCAGAGAUUGAUGGUGAUAAUUAGAUAUUUUGGUGAAGUUUAUAAAUUUGGCGGCAUCAGGUUAUCAGAAUGGGAAUUGUACAUAUGCUGAAUGCGAUCUCUGUUGAAAGUGAGAGAUUAUUAAGGUACGCAGCUCUCUAUGUCCAUAAAGCAGGAUCAAAGUACUCAUGUUUUUGUGAGUAAAUAUGUUUGUGCUGUUAAUCUGUAUGAGUAAACAGCUGUGUACUCCUGUUUUAUGGAUCUAAGAGUCCACGCCUAAAAAUUUAUCGUUGAAGUUGUGUAGUGAUGAACUACCGUAAUGGCCCCAUCCAAUUCUGGUUCAUGUCUCUACAAGUCUGGAGAAUGCAUCAAGUACAGGUACAGCAACAUCUUUUGUAGAUUAUUUCUUCUCAUCAGCUUGUGCUAUAAUGCUUUAAUAUCAAUCCCGGCCUUGGGAUUUCGGCUUCAAUUUCUUCUCUCAUUAACGUCUAAAGAGUAUCUGUAAAUAAUAUCAUCCACAUGUAAGUGAGCUGUCUGCAAGUGCGAUCCGUCCAGUUUGGUUUUGGUUCUGGGCUUUUGUACUAGAAUGCUAACUACAAUUGUUAUUUUUAUUUAUUAAUAUUUUGCUUCAGUUUUGGUAA